AUGGAGAAUUCUGAAGGAGAGAAAAGUGAAUCAACUGUUAUUUCAGAAGAACCAUUGGUUAGUCCUUUAGAUAUUGGUCUUUUAGUGGUUAUUAUAACAGUUGGAUAUUUUUGGUACAUCAAAAGUUAUAAACAGUCAAGUUCUUCAGAAAAAAAACCCUAUACUAUUCAGCCAUCUUCGUUGAGUUCUAUUGAGCAGACCUCCAAUAGUUCUUUUAUAAAAAAACUUAAAUCAACCGGUCGUAGCUUAGUAGUGUUUUACGGAAGUCAAACAGGGACUGCAGAAGAAUUUGCUGGAAGAAUAGCCAAAGAAGGGGCCAGAUAUAAAAUGAAAGGAAUGGUAGCCGAUCCUGAAGAAUGUGAUAUGGCAGACCUGGUGGAAAUGAAAGAAAUACAAAAGUCAUUGGCAAUUUUUUGUAUAGCAACAUAUGGUGAGGGCGACCCGACUGAUAAUGCUAUGGAUUUCUACGAAUGGCUUCAAAAUGGUGACGCCGACCUAGAAGGAUUGAAUUAUGCAGUAUUUGGAUUGGGUAAUAAGACUUAUGAACACUAUAAUGAAAUUGCUAUUUACAUUGAUCAACGUUUGGAAGAAUUGGGUGCUACUAGAGUUCAUGAAAUUGGUCUAGGAGAUGAUGACGCCAAUAUUGAAGAUGACUUUGUUUCUUGGAAAGAAAAAUUAUGGGAUAGUGUUUGCUCCCAUUAUGGUAUUGAAGAAACCGGUGAAGAAAGUAAUAUUAGACAAUACAAAUUAGUAGACUGUUCCGAAGUUUUACCAGAGCGAAUAUUUUCGGGUGAAAUAUCACGCCUUAAAUCUUAUGAAAACCAAAGAUUCCAUUUGCUGUUCAGAACCCAUAUUUAUCCAAAAUAUCAGUUAAUCGUGAGCUCCACAAGUCAGAUGAGGUAUGACACAGGAGAUCAUGUGGCCGUCUAUCCCAAAAAUUCUUCUGAAUUAGUAGAGAAAAUUGGAGAAUUGUUAAAUGCAGAUCUAGAUACUGUAUUUUCAUUGUUGAACACUGAUGAGGAAUCCAGUAAAAAACAUCCAUUCCCUUGUCCUUGUACUUAUCGAACAGCUUUAACUUAUUAUUUGGAUAUAACUUCAAAUCCACGCACACAUAUUAUGAAAGAAUUAAUAGAAUAUACAACUGAUCCAAAGGAUCAAGAAAAAUUAAAGCUUAUGGCAAGCUCAACCCCAGAGGGCAAAAAAGAAUUUCACGAAUGGAUUUUGCGUGACAACCGUAAUAUUGUUCAUAUUUUGGAAGAUUUACCGAGUGUAAAACCUGAUUUGGACCAUUUAUGUGAACUACUUCCACGAUUGCAGUGUCGUUAUUAUUCAAUAUCCUCGUCACCAAAAGUGUACCCAAAAUCUAUUCAUAUUACAGCAGUUCUAGUAGACUACACUACUCCUACUAAUCGUGUCAAUAAAGGUGUUGCAACCAACUUAUUAGCCCAACUGAAACCAACCAAUGACGAACUUCCACAACCUACUAUACCUAUUUAUAUUAGACGAUCUCAAUUCAGAUUGCCCCCCAAGAGUCAAACUCCAAUUAUAAUGAUUGGUCCCGGUACAGGAUUAGCACCAUUCCGAGGUUUUAUACAAGAAAGAGAUUAUGCACGUAAAGAAGGCAGAGAAAUAGGAGAAAUGGUUCUGUACUUUGGAUGUCGAAAGAAGGAUGAAGACUUCAUUUAUGAAAAUGAGUUACAAGAAUAUGUUGCUAAUGGAACCUUAACAAAGCUACAUUUGGCAUUUUCGCGUGACCAACCUGAAAAGCAGUAUGUGACACAUUUGUUAGAACAAAAUGCUGAUGAACUGUGGAAUAUAAUUGGUGUAAAAAGUGGUCAUUUAUAUGUUUGUGGUGAUGCAAGGAGCAUGGCAAAGGAUGUGCAUAGUAUUAUUGAAAAAGUUGUCAUGGAAAAAGGUCAAAUGACCAAUAGUCAAGCACUCAAUUACGUUAAAAAAAUGGAACAACAGAAAAGAUAUUCUGCUGAUGUGUGGAGCUGA